UCCACUCAAAACAAAAAGAGAGAGAGAAAAGACACAGCAACAGUUAAUGCCAGCCAAACAUCAUCGGCUUGACAGAGAGUUUGGUCUCAAAAACUCUACUAUUUUCCAUACUUCACCAUCCACCCCAACACUACACGCCCUUCGCCGUCGCCAUCUUCCUCUCCGGAGCAUGCGUUACCGCCUCUAUAUAAAUGCCAACUAAUGGGAUAUCCAAUCUGGAUGUAGGGGUGGACGGGCAGUAAGACAUGGAGAGUGAGCAGCGCGAGCAGUUGGAGCUUAGGGCAAUCCGCUCGCUAGGGCUAGGAUUCGAUCUCACAUCCGACUUCCGGUUGAGAUUUGCUAAGGGAUACCCUGGAAAGCGGCUGGUGGAACUCGACGAGAAGAACACUGGUGACCUUGUCUUACCCGGCGGCUUUACUGCGCGUGGGGUAUCCAGGGAUAUCGGAUGCGAUAAGGGUGAUCAGAUUCGAUUUUGCUCGGAUGUUUAUGAGUUUGAUCAGAUGUCUGAAUUGCUCAAUCAGAACUCUUUAAUCCAUGGAAAAGUUCCUUCAGGAUAUUUUAAUGCUCUUUUUGGUUUAAGCGGGUCAUGGUUGGAUGAUGCCAAGGAAAUUAAACAUCUUGCUUUUAAUGGCUACUUCAUUUCCUUAUACAUUUUGCAUCUAAGAACUACUCCAUUGGUUCUGUGUGACGAAGUGAAGAUGGCAGUCCCAUCCAACUGGGAACCUGCAGCAUUAUCAAGGUUUAUCCGUACCUAUGGGACACAUAUAAUAGUGGAACUGGGUUUUGGUGGUGAAGAUGUCGUUUGUGUUAGACAGAAUCAUUUUUCAACCAUAUCACCUGCUGACCUUAAGGGGUACCUGGAGGAUCUUGGAGACUGUUUAUUUACAGAUGAAAGGGUUGUUUCGUCGUUAAGUCAGAAAACCCAAGGAGAAAAUAGCAAGGUGCCAGAGGUGUUCUUGAAGAUGUUGCAAUCACGCAACUUGAUGCUGACCAGUCAUUCUGAAACUUCUAGCAAAGAUGGACUUACCAUUAAUUGCUCAAAGAGGGGUGGAGAUCCUUAUUUAUGCAGCCACUCCAACUGGCUAAAGACAGUUCCCAAAAACCCUGAUGCAGUACUAUUUAAGUUUGUUCCUAUUACUUCUCUUCUCACAGGCAUCCGGGGAAGUGGCUAUCUUAGCCAUGCAAUCAAUUUAUACCUUCAGUAUAAACCUGAUCCUGAUGAGUUGCAGCACUUCUUGGAGUUCCAAGUCCCUCGUCAAUGGGCACCACUGUACAACGAACUAAGUCUUGGUCUUCAGCAUCCUAAACAAAGAAAAUCAUGUCCAACUCUUCGAUUUAGAUUGUUUGGCCCUAAACUUCUUAUUAAUACAACCCAGGUCUCCAGUAAUUACCAUCCGGCAGUUGGACUGCGGCUGUACCUAGAAGGUCCAAAAUCCAACCAGCUCGCUAUACACAUCCAGCACCUUUCAAGCCUCCCAAGCAUGUUUGCAUCAGCUACUCCCUCCACAUUUUCCAUGUGGCAAUCAUCGGAAGACUCCGGCAACCAAUUUUUUGAGCCCAUUCGAUGGAAGAGCUGCUCCCAUAUUUGCACGGCGGCAGUGAAGCACAAUACUAAAUGGUUCGACAUUGUUUCCGAUGGCGUCUUCAUCGUCACUGGUGCGCAGCUUGUGACGACGGGAAGAUGGCUGAAGAAACGCCUUCAUCUUCGCCUUCUCUUCUCGCACAUCCCCAACUGCUCCGUCCAGAAAACUGAAUGGACUCGAGCUCCAUCGCAUUCAAAGGGAAGCUUCUUCACAAGCUUCAGUACAGUAUUGACCUCGACCUUCACUCACCAUGAAAGCCAUUGCCUUCACAGGCAAAAAUCUGCAACAUUAGAUUCGGCUGUAUUUGAUAAUGGCGGACCCCCUGUGCCUGUACAUUCACAGAAACUCUUGAGAUAUGUGGACAUGACGGAGAUUGUGAGGGGGGCGAACAAUGUACCGGGACAUUGGCUGGUUACUGGAGCAAAGCUUGUGAAGGAGGGGGGGAAGAUAGGCUUGCAUGUGAAGUUUGCGCUAUUGAAUUACUUUGAACAGGAUGGAAUGAUUUUGUGAAAUAGAAGGGUCUCCAUUAUUUUUUUUUUAUAGAGAUGGCGUGUUGUGUGGGAAACAGGGAAACUUGUAUUUGUUUCGAAAAUAUAGGAUAUUUUUAGCAUUCAUGUAAAAUAAUUAUUAUUGUUUAUAGCAAUUGUAUAGAACUGAAGAGUGGGAGUUUGGCAUAACAUGAUAGUCUUUCUUGAAUUUAGGAGAGAAGCUUUAUGAU